AUGCUGCAGUACGACGGCCCCUCCGCCAGCUGCGGCAUCGACCUGGCCGUGGAAUGGCCGCAGACCGUGGUGACCACCGCGCGCGAGUUGCGGGCGGCCGUGAAGGAAGCACCUUUGGGGCUGAGUGUGGUGAAGGUGCAGGGACGUUUGGAGUUGGAGGAGCCUCUGGUGCUGGAUCGACCGGUGGUACUGGCAGGCGAGCCGGUGGGCGAGUCAGGCACGGAUCCGGAACGCGGGGAGCUGGUUGGCAAGGGCUGCACUGUGGUGCGUUGCUCGGCCACCGCCGUGUUCUGGAGGUUAGGGAUGACGGUCACGGCCGCGGGUGACGGGGCCUCCUCCCCCUUCUCCCGGGACUUUGCCACCAUCAGCUGCCUUGAGGUCACUGCAGGUCAGCCCGUGUUGGUGGAUUGCGACCUGCACUCGGAUGUGCCGACGGAUGCCCUAACCCAUGCCCUGUGGGCUGGCGGCGGUGCCAACGCGUUGCUCUUCAAUUGCUCGUUGAGUGGUGCUCGGGGCUUCGCCCUCGGUGAGGGUCUUGGGAACAUCAUGCGAGGCAAGGCAGUCCCGGAGCCCCUCAACGUGGAUCAGAUGUUGGACAUCACUUGGUGGGCGAUAAGGCAGAUCGGCGAACUGUCCAUCCCCGGGAUUUCUGGCGCUUUGCCAGCGCUGCGCCGAAGACCGCUCGCCCCGCACCGAGAUCUGUCCCGGCUGCAGGGGCCAGCUGUGGCUGGAGGUGCCAGGCUGGGUCUCGGAGAAAACCUCGGAAUGGAGCACCCUCAGGGGCGCUGGCUCUGCGUGGAAGAGCUCUGCACGGCGCAGCGCUUGGCACUGGUGGGGCGUUCAGGACUGGAGGAUGUGAGCUAUGGCAGCCUUAGCCCGGAUUGGCAUUGGCACCUGCAGCCAUGCGGGUGGGAGGACUGCGCUUGGGGACGCCCAUCGGCCGGGCACGCGGCUGGGAAACCCCGACAUGGCCGUGACGCAGCCAAGGCAACCAUCGUGGAGGAAACCGUGAUUCCAGUUCGCCCGGCAGCGCUCCGCCUGGUCAUGGCGAACCUGCAGCAAUUCAGGCAAUUGCCGGAUGUCGAGCGAAUCGAUGUCCACAGCAAUGAUGCCGACGGGCAGUUCGAAGGCCGCGUCCACACCGAUGCUCACCUUGCGGUGACUGGAAGCAGGGGCGCCAUUCAGCGGAUUCAGCGGGAGGUGCAGAAGCUUGAGCGACGCUCGGAAGGAAGAAGCAGGCCGCCCGGAAAGAAGACGAACCACCUGGUGGUGUCCAGCACUUGCAAAGCCUUGACCUUCGUAAAGGCCGACAUGGAGAAGUGCGUUUGCACCUUCGCCUCCUUUCAACGCCCUUGCUACUCUGAGCUCCGCGAGUUACAGACCGGCCCCGCUUGCCCCGCUUCUGCGCAUGCCUGCGGCAACGGACACACCACCAUCGAUACGGACUGCUCAUCAUUCGUCAACACAUUCCAGAAUCUCAUUUCCGGAACACCGCCGGGAGCUGACUUCCAGGUCACUUGCUGGCUGGGGUGCUUGUUGCACGCAGGACCAGACAGAUUAUCCCGCAGGGCCAAGGGGGUCUUAAGCCUGGACCAGUUUCAGCAGCUGCAGCCCAGCGACUGUCAGACCCAAUUCUCCCGGCACUUCCGGCGCAGCCUGGGGAAAGUGCCCAAAAUCCUGGAGGUCUUGGCAAAGACAGGCGAGUGGAAGGUGGAAGAGGGCUGCCGGAAGGAUCUACGAUUCUCCCUCGUCCCGGGCUGCGAGGCUGACGGCCUGCCAUUGGAGCUGGAAGUGGCGACCGCAGGCUUCGAUUACAAAAGCGCGAAGCGCUUGCCGAAGAUCCGGGACCUCUAUGACAAGAAGCCGAAACUUGUCCAAAGUGAUGUUGCCUUUCUGGCCUCAGGCGUUGCUUUGAGAUUCGAGCUUGCGCCUGAUCAGCGGCGCAUGGAUUUGACUGGGAGGUUCGCAUCGGCGAGUUUCAGGGACAAGAUGUUGCGGCUCAGGGGGAAACAACCUGCCACCUACCGCCUGGUCCGGACGAGUGAACCCAAGCAGGUUUAUUCAAAUGGCCACCUGAAGAUUGUUUGGUCUGAGGCUGAUGACUUUUUCAAUGACUUGUCAGUGCCCUACGAGGCGCUGCACCUUGUUUCACCCUCGUUGAAUGAAUCUUUGAAGGCGGGAGACGUGAGCAAGGCCUCUUCAGAGUUCGAGCAACUCGUGGAAACUGCGAAGAAGCUCGAGCGUCUUAUGCAUGCUGAAGCAAGCAUGGGGCGGCGCUGA